UUCACUUUCUAUAUUUCUACAUUCACCCUUCGUUUGUCUUUCGCUGUCUCACACGACCUAUCCCAAGCACCUAUCCUUGCUACUCAUGUCGUUCAAUCAGCAAGUUAGACGUGAGGCAGGUUAUACACUUCGAGAUUCCUACACUCUCGCACAGUUCGACAGUCGACAGUAUAUUGAUGGGACUUUUGGAUGAAGAAAGAACAUUCACCAAAGAGUGGACAAGGAGCAAUGUCAAAACCUUGGCUGUGAUCAAAGAGUGUGCGACGUGUACAACAAAAACAAAAAAAAAAAAGAAUGCCAGCUGUGGGAACAGGUUCAUCAACAAGAUCCUCUCUCUACAAUCUUUACAACAUGAACAAUCCAAAAUUGAAUCCUUUCGAGCUCCCAGAAAUCAUCUUGCUUCUUGGUGACUUUCUCGAGCGAAAUGACCUCCUGAACUGCAUCCGCGUCUCCAAGAGCUUUCAUAGCACCUUCAUCAGGCGUAUAUGGAAAAACAUCCUUGUCGACGAAUACCAUUACGAAUCUAAAAGGAAAUAUCCUAUUGGCGAAACACUACAGAAACACAAGAAAUACAUUGAAGCGAUAAGAUUUCGAAGUGAUGAUCAACCAUACGAGAGUAUUAGAUUUAUGCAAAGUGUUGACAUUCCAGACGAGUAUUGGUCAUUGCAGGGAUGUGAUCGCCUCCAGUUCAUCGCAUUCGAAGGAUGGAGGUAUUACGAGCCGAAUAGACAUUUGAACCUCCUUCUCAAGAACCACAACUCUACCAUCACCAGACUUUGCUUGGACGAUGCUGAAACAUCGCGUGAACUCUGGGAGACAUUGCUGGGAUGUACCAACCUCGAGCAUCUAGAAGUAUCUUACGAAGAUAUAGACGACGAAAUCGAUGUAUUCCUCCAAGUGUGCAAGAAAAUUAAGUACUUGCACUUGAAUGGAGGAUCCUUAGGCCGGCUACCUGUCAGCUUCCUUAGUGUUGAGGACAGUGAUUAUAAUCUCUCGAAUAUGCACACACUAAGUCUUGGGGACAUCCGAAUAUUAAGGCAGCACCCGUACACAUUAGCAUAUUGCCUUGGGACGUUGGUCAGAAGAUGUCCAGGAUUGCGUGUACUGGAACUUCUUGAUAUCUACGAAUCAUUUGAAUCCCGAAAUGAGGGAGACGGCGAAAGUUUCUACAAGGAAGCAUUCCUUCAGCAUCCCUGGACUCAGGAUAACUUGUCAGAGCUGAUUUUGCUUGACGCGCAGUUAAAAGACGAGAACACGGCGAGAUUCCUCAGACGGAUGUCUGGAUUAAAACGGCUAGACAUCCCUUAUUGUGAACUCGGUCAGCUGUCUCUGCAGGAAUUACUAUCUGAGAAGCAAGAGGCUUUUGAUAAUGGACAAAUGGUAUGGAAGACAAGGCCGCAGAAGCUUUGUGAGACUGUUGAAAGAUUGGUGUUCAAUGUGCGCGGUGACGAUGUGGAUGGGAUUGCUCAAGCUAUUUUAUCCAUUUGUCCACUCCUGAAGAAGUUUGUGGGACCUAAAAUCACCAUGACAGAGAUUGCCAAUGGAGCAGAAUGGGUGUGCACUGGACUGACCGAAUUGACUGUUUAUCUGGAGGUAGACAUUGAUCAAGAGACUACUGAGGGCAUGGAGAAGACACGUAGUGUCUUUAAGCAACUUGGGAAAUUGACUCAACUACGGUCUCUUAAGUUAACAAAGCGGGACUCAAAUGAUAGCGAAACGCGGGCGCUGGAUUUGAGACUAAGAACUGGUCUAGAUGAGCUAGCCAACCUGAAGUGGCUGCAUGGGCUAACGUUCAACGACCGUCAUCGCCAAGAAAUAUAUCUUGAGGAAGCAACAUGGAUCGUGGACAAUUGGCCAAGAAUCAAGUACUGGAAUGGCAAGUUGAUAUGUGAUUUACUUGCGCCGCACAAUAUAUAUAUUGGGCAAAAAGACUGA